UUUUUCAUCGGGAAAUUGUGUCAGAGAUGGGGACCCUUGGUGUCUUGGGCCCAACCAUCAAAGGUUAUGGCUGUGCGGGGAUCACUUAUGUUGCAUAUGGACUCCUGGCCAGGGAGAUUGAGAGGGUGGACAGUGGCUAUCGGUCAGUCAUGAGUGUUCAGUCAUCUUUGGUGAUGCAUCCUAUAUAUGCAUAUGGGACAGAGGAGCAGAAGCAGAAAUAUUUGCCACGCCUGGCUAAAGGAGAGUUGCUGGGCUGUUUUGGGCUUACAGAGCCUAACCAUGGAAGUGAUCCUGGUAGCAUGGAGACUCGGGCCCAAUACAACCCUUCCAGGAAGACCUACACACUCAAUGGUUCCAAGACCUGGAUCACCAAUUCUCCAAUGGCUGACCUGUGUGUGGUGUGGGCUGUAUGUGAUGAUGGCAAAGUGCGAGGGUUCCUAUUGGAACGUGGGAUGAAAGGUCUUUCCACCCCAAAGAUUGAGGGCAAAUUUUCCCUACGGGCUUCUAUUACUGGGAUGAUUAUUAUGGAAGAUGUAGAAGUGCCUGAAGAGAAUCUACUACCCAAAGUGUCUGGACUCGCAGGACCUUUUGGCUGCUUGAAUAAUGCACGUUAUGGCAUCUCCUGGGGAGCACUGGGUGCUGCUGAGUUCUGUAUGCAGACAGCCAGGCAGUAUACUUUGGACAGGUAAAGUCUCAAGGUGUUCUACA